UAACAGACGCAGCCGGACUGUAAGCCCCUCUGACCGGAUUUGUGUGUUUCCAUAUGACCGGGCUUCCAUCCGCAGCUCCCACACACAUGCUGCAGAGCCGCAGUGGACCCAGACCGGCAGGGGCAGAGCACAUGAGCCAGUGUGAGCUGCGGGGAGGCUUUGUCCAAGUCCCCCUGUUUUUUGUGGUUCGCGGAUCAUAAACACUUGAGGACUUUAUAAACAUGCACCUACUGGGAAUAUCUCUUUUACUGGCAUAUCUGCUCUACUCCAACCUCGCCAGUGACUUCAGCCACUCCGACUAUUAUUAUGAUGAUUACUACGAGCACGAGCAGAUGGACGCGCCGGACUCUCCACCGAAGCCAGACAUGGAGCAGAGGUUACGUUCAGCCUCGAGUGUUGACGAACUGAUGAGUCUCAUCUAUCCUUCAUACUGGGCAGCUCUCAAGUGCAGGUCCAAACUUUCUGCCGCAGCCUCGUCCUCUGCCAGAUUCUCCCAUAAGUCUCAGCUGCAGCCUCGCCGACUGAGGCCGCCGACGGAGACGGAGGAGCCCACGUUCGCUGCCGCCUACCUCAACCUGGACGUGCUGAAAAGUAUAGAGUCGGAGUGGAGGAAGACUCAGUGUAUGCCCAGGGAGGUGUGUGUGGACGUGGGGAGGGAGUUCGGAGCUCCCACCAACAUCUUCUACAAACCCCCCUGUGUGUCCGUCUACAGAUGUGGAGGAUGCUGCCACUCUGAGGACAAGCAGUGUAGGAAUAUCUCCACUGGGUACCUCAGCAAAACCCUGUUUGAGAUCACCGUGCCCAUCACGCAGGGCACCAAACCGGUCACCAUCAGCGUGGCCAACCACACCCAGUGCAGCUGUCUGUCCAAACUGGACGUCUACAAACAGGUCCACAGCAUCAUCCGAAGAGCACUGCCAGAGUGUCCAGUGGCCAAUAGGACGUGUCCACCUGGUCACAGUUGGAGCACCAAGGCGUGCCGGUGUAUCAGCAUGGCUGGAAAUGUGCACCACAACGCAGCUCCACCACCUUUACCUCCUCCAAGAACUUCUCAGCAGCACAUGGACAUCUUCUCCUCAGACGUGUGUGGUCCAGAUAAAGAACUGGAUGUGGAAACCUGCCAGUGUGUUUGUCGACAUGAAGAUCUGGUCCAAGAAUGCAGCCCGAACCAGCACCUCGACCGCAACACCUGCCAAUGCGUCUGCAACGUGCCGCCUUCGCCCACCUGCCCGCCGAACCACACCUUCAACAAAGAGACCUGCCAGUGCACGUGUAGCAAGACGUGUCCGAGGCACCAGCCGCUCAACAGAAACAAGUGUUCCUGUGAAUGUAACGAGUCGCCCAAUAAGUGUUUCCUAAAAGGACGGAGGUUUCACCAAGCCACAUGCAGUUGUCUGCGGCCUCCUUGCGAGGUCAGGAGGCGGAGGUGUGAUCCGGGUUUCUCCUUCAGCGAGGAAGUGUGUCGCUGCAUACCGUCCCACUGGAGACGGCUGGACUAACCACCACCUAAUGAGACGCUAACGAGAUGCUAAUAACAAACUGAACUCGGCUUUUGUCACCUCUCCCCUGCUCGUGAGAAUCCCAAUCAGCUGUGGUGGCAGCUACGUAUCUGGACCCUGAAAAAUGUGGGAAAACCUUGAUUGGAGUGCAGACAUGGGAACGCUGGUGACCCGGAGGCGGGAAAUGCACUGACUUGACUUAAAGGACAUGGUGUUUUAAUGGGAGAGUGGCUGAUCGGAGCCCGGACAGGAAGGGAGUCAACACUCGACACUUGUUUUAAAGUAUUGUCUAAAUAAUGUUUUAAAUAUUGGGGUUUUGUAUUAAUUAUGUCAUAGUAUUCUUAUGUCAGAUCUUGAUUAUAUAAUUUAUUAAAUGUUAUUUUCAACCUCUGUUUAUUGCAAUUUCCGUCUUUUCCAUGAAAAUACACUGUGAUCAAUAUUUUUGUAUCAUGUAAAAUAUAUGUUGGAAAAUA